UUGGCUCCUGCAGAGAUGUCCCCGGGACUGCGGCUUCCCGGGCAGGUACUCCGUGGCCUCUUGCUCUGCCUGUGCGUCGGGCGAUGGGCCGAGGCUGGGAAGGUGCUGGUGGUCCCCAUGGAGGGCAGCCACUGGCUCAGCAUGCGGGAGGCCGUGCGGGAGCUCCAUGCCAGAGGCCACCAAGCAGUGGUCCUUUCUCCUGAGGUGAAUAUGCACAUCAAGGCAGAGGACUUUUUCACCAUGAAAACCUAUGCCAUUCCAUACACCCAGGAUGAAUUUGAUUACAUCGUGAUACGCAAGACUCAUCUGCUUUUUGAAAGAAUACAUUUUCUAACACUGUUGUUGGAAACUAUGGCCUCUCUGAAAACUGUGUCCUUGAUCUUUCAAAGGUCUUGUGAGCAACUAUUUUAUACCAAGGACCUGAUCAGGCACCUGAAUGCUAGUUCCUUUGAUGUGGUUUUAACGGACCCCGUUUACCCCUGCGGAGCGGUGCUGGCCGAGUACCUGUCGAUUCCGGCUGUGUUUUUUUUGCGCUCCAUUCCAUGUGACUUAGAUAUUGAGGGCACAGCGUGCCCAAACCCUUUCUCAUAUGUUCCUAGGCUGCUAACAAUGAAUUCAGACCACAUGACAUUCUUCCAAAGGGUCAAGAACAUGCUCUACCCUUUGACCCUCAAGUACAUUUGCCAAGUUUCUUUCACUCCUUAUGCACGUUUGGCCUCUGAACUUCUUCGCAGAGAGGUGUCGCUGGCGGAUAUUUUUGCCUCUGCAUCCAUUUGGCUGUUCAGAGGAGACUUUGUGGUGGACAAGCCCCGGCCAAUCAUGUCUAACGUGGUCUUCAUUGGGGGUAUCAACUGUGCCGACAGGAAACCAUUAUCUCGGGUCUGUAUCGGUGCUUUUAUUCAACCAAUGUUCCAAGUGGAGCACAUUUUUUAA